UUAGGAUUAGCUCUCCACCCUUCGCGACCCUGUCCCUCCGAAAAAUCGCGGUGUGACCAGUAUGGGAGCCCAGGAAGACCUGCCGUGGCUCCCCAACGGCCCACAGCACCAAUUCAAGUGCUCCCGCGCUCCGACCCACCCCUGGACGCGACAAGUCGUAAGCCCCACCUACCGGUUUCUGUUCACCAAUAGGUGGUGGUGAACCGUCUAGCUCCUCAGCCAAUGAACAGCGAGGGGUGGGACCCAAUUAUCAAUCUGACGAACCUCCAGCGAGAUGGCUGCUGCGGGCCAGGACCCGUUGCGCGUGGGCUUCGUGGGCGCGGGCCGUAUGGCAGAGGCCAUAGCCCAGGGACUCAUCCGAGCAGGGAAAGUGGAAGCUCAGCAGGUGCUGGCCAGUGCACCAACAGACAGGAACCUCUGCCACUUCCAGGCUCUAGGCUGCCAGACAACCCACUCCAACCAGGAGGUACUGCAGAGUUGUUCGCUGGUCAUCUUUGCCACCAAGCCUCAGGUCCUGCCAGCUGUCCUGACAGAGGUGGCCCCUGUGGUCACUGCUGAACACAUCUUGGUGUCUGUAGCUGCUGGAGUCUCUCUGAGCACCUUGGAGGAGCUCUUGCCCCCCAAGACACGAGUGCUUCGAGUGUCACCCAACCUACCCUGCCUAGUCCAGGAGGGGGCCAUGGUGAUGGCACGAGGCCUCCAUGCUGGGAACAAUGAAGCCAGACUCCUGCAGAACCUGCUGGAGGCCUGUGGGCAGUGUGAGGAGGUGCCUGAGGCCUACGUGGACAUCCACACUGCCCUUGGUGGCAGUGGCGUGGCCUUUGUAUGCAUGUUCUCGGAGGCCUUGGCCGAAGGUGCCGUCAAGAUGGGCAUGCCCAGUAGCCUGGCCCACCGCAUUGCUACCCAGACCCUGCUGGGGACAGCCAAGAUGCUGCAGCAGGAAGGGCAGCACCCAGCUCAGCUGCGGACGGACGUACUCACACCGGCCGGCACCACUAUCUAUGGCCUUCAUGCCCUGGAGCAGGGUGGGCUGCGAGCAGCUGCCAUGAAUGCUGUAGAGGCCGCUACUUGCCGGGCCAAGGAGCUCAGCAGGAAGUAGAGCCCAGCCUCUCGAAGAGGCCACCUGCUCCUUUCCCAGCCAAAGCCCACAAGUGCUGAGUACCGCUGUGUGGUCCCCUAGUCCUCCCCUUGCCCCUUCUCUAAGGACCAGUUCUGGGUCCAUCCACAUGAAUCUCUCUCCUCCUCUUAUGUAGGAAAAUGCAACCCCACUACGCAGGCCUCUUCCUCAUCCUGGUGGUGGCUCAACCCCUAAAGAGCCCACUGUAAUGGGUGAUGUUGGUUAUCGAGUACCUACAAUUUGGGAUAGAGGCCAUGAGCAGAGCUGCUGGCCACAAAAGCAACUGGACCUGGUCUGGACCUGGUCUGGAGCUCAAGCCUUUCCUUUGAUUUUCCAGCAGCUCCCUGGACUACAGCCAGGGCAGCUUCCAUCCCAGCUCUGGGAACAGCCAGAGACAUGGAGAGUCUAUACGAAAGAUACCCUCCCGCUCCAUAAAGCCAGUGGCUGUGGCCUGGCCCCCGCAGGGAGCUGGAGCAUCCUGCCAGCCCUUGAGCAGCAAGCAGGUGGUGUGGUCUUCCUAUGGCUGUACCCAGGAACCUACAGCUGUGUCAGCCAGGUCUGUUGCAGUACUAGGGCAGUACCAGGUGGGCACUAGGCAGGUGGAAGAGCUAGCUGAAGCUGGGAGGGCUGCUGCUCAGUCAGAUAGAUGGAAAACCACCCCUGCCUCCAGCUGCAUGUAGGCCUCCUUCCUCCUGCAGAUCCUAAGCUCCUGGCACAUGGUCAGGUAGAGCUGGGCUGUAACCCUCUAGGUCAAAAGUCCUAGGCCCUGUGCCCCACAUCAGCCUCUGCAGGAUUGAACUGUUUCCAGCAUAUCACUUAACAGCAAGUCAGGCACAUAGGAUUAGGAGAGGAGCAAGGCCAUGGAACUGAGGCUUUGGACUCAGGCCAGUGGAUAAGGAGGGUCCAGUGCUUUCCUGAGCCUCCCUGGCUGUAAAGACCCCAGGGUGCUGCACCCUACCCUCCCUGGCUCCAGAGGAGGCAGCCUUCUGAGCCUGUGCAGGAGCACUCCCACCCCCUGCUGUCCCAUUGUGGUGUAGGACAGCUCCUAUAGAGCCAUCUGCUAGCUGGGUGAUGUUAGGCAAGUUUAUCCCAUCUACACAAGAGUUAAUGGCACUAUUGGGUCAGAACAGGAUGUCUCAUACCUCAUGCACGACUCCUCUACCACAUCUGCCACUACCCUGCCCUACUCCUCCCUAAUGUGACAGUCCCUGCCCUCCCCCCAGCCCCCUGCCCUCAUCUUCCCACCCCUACUCCAUUCGUAGAUGGCUGCUUUCAAUGACUCCUAGUCAAACCCUGACGCUGCCACCUUGAGAAGGGCUGGCCUGAGUCAGUUUACAUUCUGGUCUCACCUGUAAAAUAGAAAUAAAAGAUGCUUUACAGCGCUAAAGGAGCUAA